GAGUAGAGGAAGGUGGGCACAGAUGUUAGCUCAGGGCCAAUCUUCCUCAGCACAAAGGGGAGGAUUGGCAGAGGAUGUUAGCUCAGGGCUGGUCUUCCUUGAAAAAAAAUCCUUGUCAAAUUUGAGAAUAUGGUAGUUAUUUUGCUGUAUGUUUAAUAGUAUAAACAUCCAUUUUUCUUUAAAGCCUGAGAAAUAAUUUUAGAACUUCCUUAGAAUCUAAUUUUUGCUAUCUGAAAACAAUUAACAUAAAUGUGAAAUUACAGUGAGGCAAAUGAGUGUGUUUUUAAUGAAACAGUUAAUAAUUAGAACUCUUUAUAUUGAAAAUUGGAAAGUCUUAUAAUAGGAAUAAAUUUCAAAGGUGUGUGUGCUGGGUCACUGUUUCCCCAACCUCACUAAGCAUAACAGCCCCCUGGAGGGCUUGUAAAGAUGCGGAUUUCCAGCCCCUAAUCCCGACCUCUUGAAUGAGAAUCUCCAAGGGUGAGGCCUGAGAAUUUGUUGAGGUUAAUUUUUCUUUUUUUCUUCCUUUCUAAACCUUGGGUGAUUCUUAUGAGAGACAACUUUAGAUAAUGCUAGUCUAGAUAAUGUACUUUCUUUUGAAGGUUUCAACUGGAUUUCUGUAGGCAAAAUAUUUUAAUCCAGCUAUUCGUAUUUCUUUGCCUUAUUUCUAAAACGCUUCAGGCCUGAGGACUUGCGCCGUGAGUUUGGUCGAUAUGGCCCUAUAGUAGACGUUUACAUCCCACUUGACUUCUACACCCGCCGCCCAAGAGGAUUUGCUUAUGUCCAAUAUCCUUUAUCUUACUGUGUGCAUGUGAAUGUACUGCAUACAUGUGCAUAUACGUGUGUAUGUAUCAGGAGCAUAUGUUAUGAGAUUAAUAUUGCCUAAUUAAAUGUGUUUAUUUCUUUAUCUCAGAAAAUGUAAAGCAGUCCACAGUAGCUGGCAAGCGCCCCCCAGUUUGAACCAACCUGUUAGCUAGAAUCCAAGCAUAAACCGAGCAGGCGAGACAAGGCACCUAAAGUUCAAGCAUCAAGGAGUAAAGAGGGAGGGUGGACACAGAUAUAAAGACCUGGAAGAGGGGAAGUCUUUAUCAAGAAAGACAAAGCCAACAGCAGGUUGAGACUUCGGCUUUCCUACAUUUACUCAGAGUUCCAGAGUCAAAGCCAAGUCUGGUUUUGUUGGUUCUGCGUCUCUUAGAAAGUCCAUCUUGCAAGCCUUAAAGAGUAAAGGUCAAGGUUCAAGAUCAAGUGACAUUGAGUAUCCUUAACAGCUAGUCAUAUUUGAAGAUGUUCGUGAUGCUGAAGAUGCUCUUUACAACCUCAAUAGAAAGUGGGUAUGUGGCCGUCAAAUUGAAAUACAGUUUGCACAAGGUGAUCGCAAAAGUAAGUGUGACUAAACAUUAGAUCUUGUAUAUUUAGCAGAAUGAGUUUCAGCAAUGACAGUUUUUUUUUUUUAUUUAAAAUUCUUACAGAAAACAAUACUAUUUGAGUGGCUGUUACUGAGGUUUUCAGGUAAUGAAUUAUAAGUCUUGCACUUCAUAUUUUAGCACCAGGCCAAAUGAAAUCAAAAGAACGUCACCCUUGUUCUCCAAGUGAUCAUAGGAGAUCAAGAAGCCCCAGCCAAAGGAGAACUCGAAGUAGAAGUUCUUCAUGGGGAAGAAAUAGGAGGCGGUCUGAUAGCCUUAAAGAGUCUCGACACAGGCGAUUUUCUUACAGCCAGUCUAAAUCUCGCUCCAAAUCACUACCAAGGCGUUCUACCUCAGCAAGGCAGUCAAGAACUCCAAGAAGGAAUUCUGGUUCUAGAGGACGGUCAAGGUCAAAGUCCUUACAAAAAAGGUCCAAGUCCAUAGGAAAAUCACAGUCAAGUUCACCUCAAAAGCAGACUAGCUCAGGAACAAAAUCAAGAUCACAUGGAAGACAUUCUGACUCCAUAGCAAGAUCCCCAUGUAAAUCUCCCAAAGGGUAUACCAAUUCUGAAACUAAAGCACAGACAGCAAAACAUUCUCACUUUCGAUCACAUUCAAGAUCUCGGAGUUAUCGUCAUAAAAACAGUUGGUGAACAGAACAAAAGAGCGCUACAUAGUCUUUCAUAUAAGUUAUUAAACCUCUCAUUAUGUUAAAUAAAAAUUCUUCAAGGCUUACAGAAAAUGUGAGUUGAUAUUAGUUACUUUGGGCAUGUGCAAGAAAUAAAAUCUCUCUAGCUUUGGAUUAAUAAAGAUUUGGUCUCAGUUUAAGGGCCCACACCACAAAUUAUGAUGUGUCUAAUGUCACCAUUUUUGGACCAUUUUUUGUUUACAUUGUGGCAGAAGGGUACUUUUCAAAGGAAAUGGGUAAAAUGGAACUAAUUUAGAAAAUUCUAUUUGGAUAUUAAGUAUUAGGAAACUUAAUACCUUUUACAAAAAUAUUUUUUACUUUAAAGCACUUUACUUUCAUGUAAAAAGUAAUUAUGACUGUAUAAUUGCAUAGGGCAGGCUUAAACUAUUUGACACCUUGUGUGUCUUUUUUUGUCUUCUGUUUAAACACGGGCCAAUUCAUAGUGGAUAUUAAUUCAUAUUGCAAAAUUAUGACAUUCCUAAAAGUAGAAUUUAUAUAGAGAUCAGGCAUUCAAAAGAUACAUUCUUUCCUGAGCUCAAAAAAUGUUUUAUUUUUAUUAGUGGAAUGGUAUAGAUAGUUGACAUCAAAUUGCAUCCUGUACCAUGUUCAUUCACUUCAGAGUAUCCAAAACAUUUUAGAAAUACUGAAUUUUGGGCCAGCCCCAAUGGCCUAGUGGUUAAGUUUGGCAUGGCCUGGGUUUGGUUCCCCGCCACGGACCUGUACCACUCGUCUGUCAGUGGCCAUGCUGUGGUGGCAGCUCACAUACAAAAAGAGGAAGAUUGGCAGUGGAGGUUAGCUCAGGGCGAAUCUUCCUCAGCAAAAAAGAAGAAGAAGAAUUUUGAAUUGUUUGAGAAUACUUCUCUAAAAAAUGUGUGCAACACUCACAAUCCAAAAAUAUUCAUAUUAAGCCUUACACAUUUGAAGAGUGUACAUUUUGUAUAAAAAUCAUAUUUUAUACCAUUAUUUCUACAUACUUACCUUUCAUCUACUGCUUAAUUUUUUCUUUUUAGAGUUCUAGCUCAAGACUUUAAAUUGUAUAGAGUAAGUCUUACUUUUUGAAAGAGUGUUUAGUACCUUGUAUUAAGAAACUCAAGACUACAUCCUCAACAAACAACUUUGCAGUAUUCAGAUUUACAUUACACUGCCCUUCAUUUUUUUAAACCAAAUAGCUUUAUUGAUAUUUAUUGCUUUUGUAGUUGUUAUAACUGAAUUAAAAAUGUGUUUGUAGUUUAUGUUUUCAGAGGGUUUUGGUAGUAUUUGUGAUAAAAUGGUUUUGCAUAUGAUUAUUAUAGGGGAUAUAGAGCUCUACUUGUGUAUCUUGUUGAAUUAUACUGAAAAUGAGAAGUUCUCAGCCCAUACAGUUAAUAUUUGUAUCUAGAGUGCUUAAGAAAAAGAUCUGUCUUAUAUGUUUAGCUUAUAGGAGCCAGUGUUGCUUCUAUUUGUUUUGAAUACAAAUUCCAUUUUUCCUUGCAUUUUAGAUCCUAUGUGUAAGAAACAACUUUACAGAAUAAUUUAUAUGCCGGUAAUAAUUGGACAAGAACCGUAAUUUCAUGUAUACUGUACUUUCUGAAUCAACUUUUCUCUAAUCAUAGCAAAAUUUAUUUCAAAAUUACAACUCUUUGAACUGUUCAGCUGUAAUAAAAUUUAGUUAUAAAGUUAUGUGGCACUAUUGAAAAUUUAAAGGAUAGUCCAAAGGAAGCAAGACAAACGUUAAUCAUAAUUUUUAAUAUUUUCUGAAUAAAUGUUUGGGUUCACACACACAUAUAUGCAGUCAUUCCAGAUACUAACUAGGAAUUGAGUAUAGUGUCUUUACUCUACAUUUAAUCCUCAUAUCUUAGAAAAAGUUACUAAGGUUUCUGAACAUGCUUAUUCCUUUGAUUUACUUCUGAUUUGCUUUUCCAUUGUAAUCUCCAGGCUGCUUAGGAUACCUAAUGGGUUGGAUGGAAAAACUGGAAUGAUAAUAGUUCAAACUCAUUUGAGCGUUUACUGUGUGCUUGGCACUCCUCUCUGAGUUUUACAUUUUUCACUCAUCUGUUUAUUCCUGACAACUUUGUGAGGUAAAUACUGCUGUAGAUGAGAUGCAGAGAGAUUAAGUGACACGCACAAGGUCACACAGCCAUUAGACUUUGGAACUGGAGGGUGGCUGGGCUCCAGACAGCCUCUGCUUGACUCCUCUGCUCUUUUUGGAAGAGAAAAGUCUGACAGAUAUAUGCUAAACUAAAGUAAUGCUUAGAGGGAAAGGAGAGAACAGAAUUAGGAAAAGAAAUUAUUAUAGGCUUCAAUGAAAAUGGGUUCAGUGAGUGAGUGGAAAUUGGCAGUUGGGCUGGUACCCUGGAAAAUUGUCUCCUGGGUAUCUCUAUUCUAGGGUUCACUUUUGUUAUAGAAUUGUUUCUUGGACCAUUUAAGAGAGGAUACUUAGGGUAAGGUGGUUGGUUAAUAAAGCAAGUGUUUUAGCUCUCUCUCAUCAUUUCCUUUAAAGAUAAUGUAUUUACUCAGGUACUUCCCAAGUUUAGUGUUAGGGGUGUUACCUCUCUUUAUUCAGGAUCAUAGACGCUAAGUUAAUGUCAGAGGAAAUAAAGAUGGCCACUAAUACACAAAUAACUUCUGUACAGCAGCUGAUGUUUUGCAGGGGCAAACAGAUAAUGAGGGGAUACACUAAGUGUUUUGUUUGGAGCCUAGGAUUUAGUGUUGUGCCACUGGGCUCAUUUAUUUUUAAAUAUAAAUUGUUAACUAAUUUCAAGACUUUAUAUAUUACUUGUAGUGUUUGAGAUACAGCUAUUCUAAGCAUUACAAAUAAUUUCUGCCUUUAAUCCCAUUGCAAGAGACAAAAUUCAUCAGAGUGUAAAGGAAGUAUUUAGAAAUACUUCUUUAAUUUUUCUAAACUACAUUAAAAGUUGUAAUUUAUUAUUUAGAGUUAAAAUGAAAUUGGUUUUCCAAACAGGGUGGCAGAAUAUUUGAGGUACUUGUACAGAUAAAUAUAUGCUACUUAUGCAGCAUGGUCUCCUGCAGAGGAUCUUGGCAUCACGGAACCAAAGACUCAGGUUUAGGCCUUGUAGAUUUUCAGAUAAGUUCAUGACUCCCAAGAGUUUAAGGACCCGUGGUUCAGUGAGACACAUGGGUUUUGGAGUCAGAACAUAUAUAUUUGAUUAGAAAACAUUUUCAAGUAUUAAAUGAGGAUUAUGCACCCUAGCAUCUGAAUCACUCCCUUGAUGAAAAUAGGGUAUUUAGGAUCAGAGCAUUAACUCUGGCAUUGGUCUGCUAGGUUGAUUUAAGCCCUCUGGAAAAUUUAUAUCUUGAACACCUUUAAAAAGAUGUUCACAGGGGCUGCCCAGUGGUGUAGUGGUUAAGUUUGUUUGCUCUGCUUUGGCACCUGGGGUUCGCUGGUUCAAAUCUUGGGUGUGGACCUACACACCACUCAUCAAGCUGUGCUGUGGCGGCGACCCACAUACAAAAUAGAGGAAGAUUGGCAACAGAUGUCUCCUUACCCCUCCCCCCCCAAGUUAAUAAAAUUAAGUAUAAAGAAAGUCAAAACCCUUUUUAGAAAUACAAUAUUCCCUGAUGUAAGUGCUAGAUAUUCCAGGUUGACUCAACUUCUCUCAGGUUAAAACAGUACUUUACAGUAAUGACAAGUAUUUAUUUAAAGGAAUCAUGUGAAGAAAGAUUUAAUAAAAAAUGUACAUAGACCAUUGUACCCCAUCAGCAAUAUUGUCCCAAAAAAUGGUAUAAUAUUUUUAUUCUCUUUUGGGGAAAUGAUUAUAUGAUUAGUCUUUCUUGAAUCCUUUAUUCUAGGAGUAUACCACAACUCUGAACUUACGAAAAGAAAUAGUAUCAACUUGUAGAGAUAGAUGGAUGCCCACUGGGUUGAUGGUUGCCAUUUUUUAAAAGUACUAUGUGAUUUUAAGUAUAUAUAUGGUUCACAUAAUUCAAAACACCAACUUCUGUUUAUAAGCUAGAAAAUAGAUUACAAAUUAAAAUCAAUAUCUUGCUGUAUGCCAGUUUCCGGUUCUUUCAGAAUGCUGCUAGAAAAUUUAAAGGGUCAGUCUCUUCAGAUGAGAGAAUCCCCAGGCAGAAAUCAGUCCUCAGUCCUAGAAAUGGAUUGAGUGCAUGUUCCUUAUUGUUUGAUCUUAUGUGUGUUACAGCUUGUGUAGGAUGAGUAGUUCCUCAGAAAAAGUGUCAUUGAAACCAGAAGCAAAAUUCCUGCUUCUCUAAUUUAGGAGUAUAAUUCUAUUAACUAAAUGCCCAAGUACUGUAUGCUUUUUAGAAAUGUCUUCAUGGAGGUAAAUUGAGGAAGACCAGAAUUCUUUGCUGUGACCACCUGUUUUCCAAGGAAAUAACCACAUUCUAGUUUUCUUAGCUUACUGCUAAUAGUACUGACUUAAAAUACUGUUAAAUUGACUUUAAUUUCAACAAAAAUCUCAAUAUAAAGUAGUCUUCAAAGCUGCAAGUGAUAACAUUUCUUUUAAUAAGAAAAAUUUAAUUGAUUUGUUGGGAGAGGGGAUUAAGAACUAUUACUAUUACAUCUGUGAGGCAGUAUCUGCUUUGUAGUAAUAUUUUACAACUUGAAAAAAGUAUUCUGUUAAAGACCUUUUCAAAAUUGACAUAAGCUAUAUAACUGUUCAGACUCUUCUGGGCGAUCUUAUAUUUUAAAAAUGAGAAGGGAUUUAUUUAAAUUUAUUUUAACACAUUGUGAAAUAUUUAUAUAAUUUCAUAAGACCCUUAGAGAAAAGCAUUAACAUUCAUUAUUGUCAGUAAACAUUAAAAUUUUGGCCUUAAAAUGUUAAAUGUAGCUGAAUUAGAAAUACUAAUGGUCUAGUUUUGUUUAUAUUCAUUACAGUUUUUAAUAUAUAUAUAAAAGGUCUAACCAUUUUUGGUAUUGUUUUAUACUUUAUAAUUCCCUGUUCUUAGCAUAUAAUCUACUAAAUGGGAUUGUAAAAAAAAUACCACUUGGGGCCAUCCCACGGCCUAAAGGUUAAUUUCUGUGCACUCUGCUUCAGCAGCUUGGGUUUGUGGCUUCAGAUCCCUGGCAUGGACCUACACCACUCAUCCCCCAUGCUGUGGCAGUGACCCACAUAGAAAACAGAGGAAAAUUGGUACAGAUGUUAGCUCAGGACUAAUCUUCCUCAGCAAAAAAAAUAAAUACUAAAAAACGAUGGAUGAAAAAUUUUUAUUCUAAAAUACCUCAAAUAUGAAAAACACUUUGUGCAGAGCUCUGAGCUGCCUGCCAGCAGUCGAAUAUAACUAAUGUUCUAAGAGGUGUCCUGACCACACUUUGUCCGCCCUUUAUCUAUUUUGACUCAAAGGCGGUGUUUCAUAUGAAUGAAUGGAAUGUCAUGGAAAGUGGAACUACAUGACUUAAGGAAUCAUUUUAAGUGCUUUUAGCCUUCAGUUAGCUCCACUGGUAUUAAUUCAGUAUGAAAGUUUAGAGGGUAGGAGCCAGCUGUUAGGAGUUGCAUACUGCCUUACCCUUCUACGUCCUAGUCACCAGUGCUAAUGAGCCCCUGAGCAUCCCCUUUUGAGACUCUCAGACACAUAUUUCCUUCACUACUUGAGGUUCAAGUUAUUCCACUUGAAUUUCUUUAACUUUCUUCUCAAGACAUGGGCAGUUAUUAUAAAUACCCUUCAGAACCUUUAUAGUCUCCACCUACCUCUUUAUUCUCCGCUAAUUAAAGCUUCUUCAAUCAUUAACAUUUAUGUCAACGUUAACAUUAAAUGUCAGCUGUCACAUUUCCCAAACAAGCCAGUGCUUAAAUACAUUAUCCUUUCUCUGAUUCAGCUCUUCCAAUGGCUUUGGUGUUUCAGUCAUUGCCUAGAGUAGUAUUGUUUUAGAAGUGUUAAUAACCAACAAACCACCCUACUUGAAAGUGCAAGAAAAACAUUCAAGAGGUUCAAAGUUUACAAGCUCGAAAGAUUAGCUUAUUUGUGCUAUGUGCCACAUGUAAGUGAGCUUUUAGAAUUAUUGGCAAACACUGAACUUAUGUAUAAUGUUGAAGUGAACUAGUAAAGCAGCCUUAAUUUCCCCAAUUCUAUUAACAUCAUAGAAAUCUUUAGUAAGAAAAUAAUUUUACAGUGAACAUUCAUAUUCCAACUACCUAGAUCCUACAAUUAACAGAUUAUAUUUAUCGCAUAUAUUUCCAUCUAUCUAUUCCCCAGUUAUUUUGAAUUCAACACAUAGUAAAAUCUUGAAAACUGCAAUGUUCAUAAAUGGGGUAUUCUAAUUAGCUAAAGACCAAUCAGAAAACCUUGGUUGAAUCUUUCAUAAACAUAAUUCUGUUGUUUUAAUUUUGAAAUUCCAGAUCUGGUCUCAAGCAUCAGAUGAUUACAGGAACUUAAGAAAUAGACAUGGGGCCAGCCCAAUGGCACAGUGGUUAAGUUUUCAUGCUCCACUUCAGCAGCCCAGGGUUUGUGGGUUGGGAUCCCGGGUGCAGACAUACACACUGCUCGUCCAGCUGUGCCC